ACCAGACAAACGGCUCUGUCUUGUCGGUACUACAUGGAAAAUUUCAUGGUUGACAGUUUCGAAAAGGACGUUGAUCUAAGUGUCUCUCUAAAUCGUUGGGUAUCUAAACCGAUUGGUACUUGGCCUUUUUCAUCAGAUGUCUCUAAAAACGAUCUAUUCGAGAUUUUUCUAAAAAAGAUUACAAUCGUGAUUUGCUAUAUGCUAUUAGGUUUCAUCUUGAUAUUUGGCGGAAUGUAUUUAGUUCUUGAGCUAGAAGACUUUUACAGUCACUUGAAACUUGGCAGCGCGCUCAGCUUUUUCUUGAUGGCUGCUAUAAAAUAUUUCGUUCUGAUAGUCCGCGAGAACGAUAUACGGAGGUGUAUAGGUUGCAUAGAGAUGGAUUGGAGGAACGUAAAAUAUCUCGAAGAUAAAAAGAUUAUGAUCGAGAAUGCAAAAUUUGGACGUAAACUCUUAAUAAUUUGCGGUAUAUUUAUGUAUGGUGGCGUUCUCUUUUACUACGUAGCCUUACCAAUGACACGUCAAAAAGUUUUUGACGAAGAGAAAAACAUUACGUAUAGAUCUCUCGUAUAUCCUGUACCGAAGAUCGUCGCGGACACUCGUCUAAGCCCAAUCAAUGAGAUUUUCUACGUUCUUCAACUCUUUUCCGGUCUGGUCGCACAUAACAUAACCGUAGCUACCUGCGGUCUCGCCGCACUUCUCGCGAUGCAUGCUUGCGGUCAACUUGAAAUACUUAUGUCCUGGCUUGAAUAUCUCGUCGACGGUCGAGAAGAUGUCUCGGACACGCUCGACAACAGAUUGGCUGAUAUCGUCGAACAGCACAUGCGUGCUUUCAGUUUCAUUAAACGCACAGAAGAGAUAAUACGAGAAAUAUCCCUCGUUGAGUUAAUGGGAUGCACUUUGAACAUGUGUUGCCUCGGAUAUUAUUGUAUGGUGGAAUGGGAUAUUAGACGACCACUCGAUAGCUUUACUUAUUUAAUAUUACUUACAUCGGUCACAUUCAACAUCUUCAUAUUUUGUUACAUAGGCGAAGUUCUUGCCGAACAGACUGUGAAAGUUGGUGAAAGAUCUUACAUGAUAGAUUGGUACCGGAUACCGGAAAGAAAAAGUCUUGCCCUUGUGUUGAUAAUUAUGAUGUCUAAUUCGUCCACCAGAUUGACCGCUGGCAAUUUUAUUGAAUUAUCUAUAAGUAGUUUUUGCGACGUUAUUAAGUCAGCUACUGCCUACUUGAACAUGCUUCGUACGUUUACAAUCUAGAAUAUAUUAUUGGUAGAAACAUGAUUUAGUAUUUAUUAGACUGUUCACUUCUAAAAGAAAGUAACAAAAAAAAAGGGA